CCGUGUUUACGAAUCGAAUCGCAUGGACUAACUGCAGCUUUUCUUUGGAGAGUUAUGAAGCUACUCCCCUUUCACCAAAAGAUUGCAGCUCCGUCGCCUUUGGUCCUCAGCUUCCUCCGCUCGCAGGUUCGCAAUGCGUUCGAUUCGCCUACGAGCCGAUGCACCGCGGUGAAAAGACAAAAACAUGGUUUCGCAUCGUCGAGCAGGAUCGCGUCGUGUUUGGAUGGAAGCGGUGGUAAUGGACGGAGAGUAGGAGUUAUCCGGACACAAGGGGUAGAGAGCAGGAGGUUUACGGCUUCGACGUCGCAAUGGCGCACGCGCGACGAACACGCCCAGAUACCGCGGACUAGUCUCGCUCUCGUUCCACAUGAACCUUGCUCUCCGCCGUCGUACAGAGCCAGUUUGGAAUCGCGUCGGCCGCUUUCUACGUCGAGCAUUAGCAAGGCUUGGGAGUUGUUUGGUGGACGGAAACGAACGGCGGCGCCGUUACCGCCACCAAAGGAAGUGCUGAGAGAUGCACUGGGGGAUCACACGUCGAGUUACGAGGGCUUAGGUCGUGUGAUGAGGUCUGCGAAUGAGUUGAAAAUGCGCUGUACGGAAUUGGAUGAGCAUGGCAAUGUUACUAUGGUCAGCGGGGAGUUCAAGAAGACUGAACUCAUCGCGAAGUAUGGCCUUUUACCCCGAGAUCUCCGCAAAAUCGACUCUUCACUCCUACCAAACAUACUUAUCCGACCCACCGCUAUCUUGAUCAAUCUCCUCCAUAUCCGUGCGCUGAUCAAGCACAAUCGUGUACUGGUCUUUGAUGCCUACGGAACAACGAAUUCAAAAGCCCAGUCUGUUUUCAUGUACGACCUUGAUCUCAAGCUUCGUCAGAAAGAUACAACUGCGAACGGCACAUUACCUUACGAAAUGCGAGCCCUGGAAGCUGUUCUCAUUAGCGUAACGCUCGGUCUUGAAAAGGAAUUCGAAGGCGUUAGCGAUCCAGUUGUCAGGGUUCUAAUGGAGCUCGAAGAAGACAUUGACAGAGAUAAGCUUAGAUAUCUCCUUGUGUACUCGAAGAAAUUGGGUACCUUCGAACAAAAGGCACGGCUAGUCCGAGACGCAUUGUCAGAGCUGCUCGAGGCCGAUGACGAUCUAUCUGCCAUGUAUCUCUCCGAAAAAGCUGAAGGCAUUCUCCGUCCUGAAGACGACCACACCGAAGUCGAAAUGCUGCUUGAAUCGUACCACAAGAUUGCCGAUGAAAUCGUGCAAUCUGCUGAGAACUUGGUAUCUAGUAUCCGCAACACCGAGGAAAUAGUCAAAGCCAUCCUCGACGCAAACCGCAACUCUCUAAUGCUUCUCGACCUUCGCUUCAGCGUUUGGACCCUCGCCCUAACAGCCGGAACCUUCAUCGCGGCCCUCUACGGCAUGAACCUCAACAGCGGCAUCGAAGAAUCCGAAUGGGGUUUCUACGCCGUAAGCGGCGCAUGCACCGUUCUAGGCGUCUGUGUCUUCGGCUGGGGAAUCCGUCGCCUCCGCGCCGUCCAAACCCUCAGCAUGUGGGGCCACGGCGGCGGCGCAAAGUCCAGCCUCAAAUCCUGGGGUCUCGGUGCGUGGGGCGGACGCAGCACGAACAGAGUCGGUGACGGCGCGUACGGCGGGACGUCGCCGCUCAUGGACGCGAAUGGUGUGGGGGUGAGCAGGAGGUUGAGGGGAGAGGCGAGCUAUGGCGAGCUUAUGCAGAGGGAGAGGGGGGUUGCGAGACGCUUGGCUCGCUCGGAGGCUAGGGCUGAUGGCGCUGCUAAGAGUGGUUCGUGA